CUGAAUUCUUUGAGUAUUUGAGGUUGAACUCGCCGGAGUCCACCCCCGCUGCCAGGGUGGAGUUGGUUUGAUCCUACAUGGCGGAAACUUUCCUUCCGCGGUGAACACAGUGUGUACCGGAGUCAAAGAGGAGAGGCAAGAGAAGAGUGUCAGCAUGUCGGACAUGGACGCCGAGACCACCGGCCGCACGGAUCCCAUGGCUGGUGAAGAUGAGCCUUUUUUCAGCCCCCUGGACCUCCUCCUCUUCACCGUGGUCAUUGGCAUCGUCGUUUACUGCUUCAUGUCCCGCAAGAAGCCCGAGCCCAUCCCCGAAUUCAAGAAGAUCGACACACCAGCACCCGCCGCAAGAGAGACCAGUUUUAUCGAGAAGAUGAAGAAAACGGGCAAGAACAUCAUCGUGUUCUACGGCUCCCAGACGGGCACAGGAGAGGAGUUUGCCAACAGACUGUCCAAAGACGCUCAGCGCUACGGCAUGAAGGGAAUGGCCGCCGAUCCAGAGGAGUAUGAAAUGGGGGAGCUGGCCCGUCUCGCCGAAGUUAAAAACUCCCUCGCCAUAUUUUGCAUGGCCACCUACGGCGAAGGAGACCCGACGGACAACGCCCAGGACUUCUACGACUGGCUGCAGGAAAACGAUGACGAGGAUCUCUCCGGACUGACCUACACAGUGUUUGCUUUGGGCAACAAGACGUAUGAACACUACAACGCGAUGGGAAAAUACGUUGACAAAAGGCUGGAAGAACUCGGGGCUAAGCGCAUUUUCGACCUCGGCCUCGGAGACGAUGAUGGCAAUCUGGAGGAGGACUUUGUUUCAUGGAGGGAGCAGUUCUGGCCGGCCGUCUGUGAGCACUUUGGAGUUGAAGCCUUGGGUGAUGAUUCAAGCAUUCGUCAGUACGAGCUGAAGGAGCACACCGACAUCAACAUGAACAAAGUGUACACGGGGGAGAUCGGGCGCCUGAAGAGCUUCGAGGUUCAAAAGCCGCCCUUCGAUUCAAAGAAUCCAUUCCUGGCGUCGGUCACCGUCAACCGCAAACUGAACAAAGCAGGCGAUAGACAUCUCAUGCACCUGGAACUAGACAUAACAGGCUCCAAGAUCAGAUACGAGUCAGGAGACCACGUUGCCGUCUUCCCCACAAAUGACUCUGCGUUGGUGAACAAGCUGGGCCAAGUCCUUGGCGUGGACCUUGAUGCCGUUAUCUCCCUUAACAACCUUGAUGAGGAGUCCAACAAGAAGCACCCUUUCCCCUGCCCGACCACCUACCGCACCGCCCUCACCCACUACCUGGACAUCACCAACUCCCCUCGCACCAACGUCCUCUACGAGCUGGCCCAGUACGCCUCCGACCCCAAAGACCAGGAGAACAUGCGCAAGAUGGCCUCCUCCUCACCUGAGGGCAAGGCUCUCUACCACAGUUGGGUGUUGGGCGCCAGUAGAAACAUCCUGGCUAUCCUGGAGGAUAUGCCUUCUCUGAGGCCUCCGGUGGACCACCUGUGUGAGCUGCUGCCUCGUCUCCAGGCGCGCUAUUAUUCCAUCGCCUCCUCCUCAAAGGUUCACCCCAACAGCAUCCACGUCUGCGCCGUGGUGGUGGAGUACGAGACCCCGACCGGCCGUACCAACAAGGGAGUCGCCACCAACUGGCUGAAGAACAAACUGGUCUCUGACAACGGCCGCAAGUCCACCGUUCCCAUGUUCAUCCGCAAGUCCCAGUUCCGCCUGCCCUUCAAAGCCACCAACCCGGUGAUCAUGAUCGGCCCUGGCACGGGAAUCGCCCCCUUCAUGGGCUUCAUCCAAGAGCGGGCCUGGCUCAAACAACAAGGAAAGGAUGUUGGCGAGACGGUGAUGUAUUUCGGCUGCAGACACAAGAAGGAGGAUUACAUCUACCAGGAGGAGCUGGAGGACGCAGAGAAGACUGGGGUUCUGACACAGCUCAACGUGGCCUUCUCCAGAGACCAGGAGCAAAAGUUGUACGUACAGCAUCUCCUGAAGGCCAAUAAGGAGCACAUCUGGAAGCUGAUCCACUCUGACAAUGCUCAUAUCUACGUCUGCGGCGAUGCAAAGAAGAUGGCUCAUGAUGUGCAGACGGCCCUCUAUGAGAUAGGAGAGGAACUCGGAGGCCUGACUCUCACACAGGCCACCGAUUACAUCAAGAAACUGAUGACCAAGGGACGCUACUCACAAGACGUCUGGAGUUAAAGAGCUUUAGACUUAGCCGCAGCCUCGCUACUCUAAGCGAGCCUUUUACAUUUUUUUUAUUUUUGUCGUGCGUUGUUUUAUGGAAUAUAUAAACAUUACGCGCGUGUUCAUCUCCCUGGUUCACAAGAGCUACAGGUAGCAGAAGAUUUUAAGGCAAACACUACCUCAGCAUGUUUUGUUGAUGAAACACACUCAGCAAAUUCAAUCUGUAUUUGGUAAAGGUACUGGACCACCGGCCUGCGUGCACUGGAGUCUUGACGAGACCCCGUGGUGGUGUCACACCCAACAACGGUUACCCCCGUUUGCGGCGAAGAGUAGUCCUCAUUUCAGAUUUUAUUCUAUUUUUAUUUUUGUUUUUAUUUUUUAGCAGCUUUAUAACUUCACAAGCAGCUGAUGACAAGUCGGCGGGCAACGGGGACUCGCUUCAACCCAACUCUGGAUCCAUGCAACACGAUUUACACUGAAAUAUGUAGAGAUCUCAUUCAGUUUGUCAUCUUGCGAUAUUUGUAACUUCCAUCUAAUUGAUUCCCAAUUCUAGAGGUAGAAAAUAAUAUUGGAUCAUGCGAAUGUCUAAGUGAAUAUGCAGAGUUUUGUGUGGCAGUAGGAAGGGUGCUAACUUCAGUCUCUCAGAUCUUGUAAUAUUUUAGACCAAUCUUCCAGACAACGUGUAUGAAUUGAAAUAUAACAAGUAUGCAUUUAUCUUUUGACAAGAGAUGUGGCCUGUUAUGCAUGGCUUUCUGUUAAUUUUAUCAGGAGCGGUAACCUUUUUGAAUGGUUAGAAACAGUGAUGCAUCAUUUUACAGAUCUAUUAAUGUGAUUAUGUUUUAUAUUUCCCCAAAUAGCUGGCAUUUAAAUCUGAUAAAUGAAUGUCUGUACCAUGUACUAUUACAUUUUAAUUUGAUAUGUUGUGCUUCAGAGCACAUCUAGCCUCCCAAAAUGUUGGCUAUUUAUUUGAUAUGCAGAGGACCACGUAAGGGGAUUGUGGCAGCAACGCUAGGACACAUGACAACCACCUCUGCUCCACUAGUAUCUGUAUAUAUAUUUUUUUUUUUGUCACAUAUGCCCAAUUACAUGAAGAUGACCCGACAUAUCAAUACUACGACAUGUGUCUCAUUGCAUCUGGCAGCCAGUUUUUUUUUAUUGUGAAUAUGGGACGUUUGACGAGUACAACCAACCCGUUUAAGUGCACCCUGUGCCUUAUGUAUUUUCAAUUAAACUGAUGCUUUGCUGUCAUCCUAACACAGUG